CUCGACUCACAUUGACACCUCUCUACUCGUCUUGUUCUACUAAACACUUUUCUGAGUCUCAAGUCUCCACGAUUAACAAAAUAUACCAACAAAAAAAAGGGGGGCAAAAGACCCAUAUUUAGCCAUUAACUUCUCCUCCUCUCCGAUAUUACCUGGCUUAAUACAUUAUACGUUGAUCGAUCAAAAGAAGGAACAUUAAUGGAGAACACUGAGAUGUUCACCGCGUCAACGGUGCAACUUACAUGGCAUGAUUUUCUUGAGCGGAUGCGUCAACCCUCUGCCGCUGAAUUUGUAAAAGCAAUUAAAAGAACAUUGUAGCUGGUGUUCCUUGCUUAUGUUGUAGAUUGGUCAAUAUUAUUCUGAGCCAGACUGCUUCACAUGCUGCAUUUGUUGCUGCAAUGUACUCUGCUUCUGCUGAUGAUAGAGCUACCGUUGCCUGCUUUUUUGAUGACCAUGAGAUCACCUUGGUUUCAAGCUGAAAUACGUACUCGCUUAUGCUUUUUCUAUCAUCCACGCUUCCAGUCCAAUCGCUAUCGGUGUAUCCUGUGAGCUUGAAAUCUUUUUGAGUCUCAUACAUGAUUCCAUAACUCUUCGUUCCCUUAAUGUAUCUGAGAAUCCUCUUUGCUGCUGUUAGAUGAUCCUUGCUCGAUUCACUCAUGAACUUGGAUACGAUGCUAAUAGUGUUGACUAUAUCUAGUCUUGUAUGUGGGAGAUAAAUGAGAGAACCGACCAAGCUUCGAUACAUUGCUCCGUCGACUUUUGGUUUGCCAUCAUACUUUGAUAACUCCUCAUUGAUUACCAUUGGUGUAGCCAGCGGUUUACACUCGUUCAUCUUGAAUUUCUUGAGAAGGUCUUGAUUAAAUCAUUGUUGGAUGUGUGCCUUUAUAGAUUAGAUCAUCCACGUACAGGCAUAAAAUGAGAAAGUUAUUACCUUGCGUCUUGAUGUAUAGUGAGGGUUCACUCGGACUCUUGAUGAAACCAUGCCGAAGAAGAUAAUCAUCGAUAUUGCUCUUCCACGCUCGAGGCACUUGUUUGAGUCCGUAGAGUGCUUUUCGAAGGCGGUAUACUUUGUCUUCUUGGCCUUCGAUGACGUAUCCCUGUGGUUGCUUGACGUACACUUCUUCUUCGAGUUCUCCAUUUAGAAAUGCUGAUUUGACAUCGAGCUGAAAGACUGGUAGCUAAUGUUGUGCUGCUAAUGCCAAGUCUGUUUUGAUUGUCUCCAUGUGGACAACUGGUGCAUAUGUUUCGCUGAAGUCGAUUUCUAGUUGUUGCGCAUAUCCCUUUGCUACAAGCCUUGUUUUGUACUUGUUGAUGGAGCCAUCAUUGUUAUGCUUCACCUUGUAGACCCACUUGAGUCCAAUGACUUCCUUGUCUUGUGGCUCGUCUACAAGCUCCCAUGUGUGAUUCUUCUCGAUCAUUUUGAUUUCUUCGUUCAUAGCCUCGAUCCAUGUUUUUUCUUGUGCUGCUUCUUGAAAUGUUUGUAGCUCACUAGAGAAGAGAGCCACCAUUGCUUGGUCACAAUGGUAAUCUUGUAGCCAUGAUAGCGGUUGUCGAUCCCUUGUUGAUCUUUGGGCUUCUUGAUGUUGAGGAGUUGAGCGUGAUGUUUGGCUUCCUGAGCUUGGGGAUGAUCUUGUACUUCCAAGUGUGCUUAGACUCGGAGAUGAUGGGUUUGUUGGUUGGUCUGCUCCGUCUUCUUCUUUUGGAUCUCUUGGGAGAGUAUCUCCUUCACGAGCUUCAAUUUCUUUUUCUUUUUACGUCCAUUCAGCUGUUCGUCGAAAAUUACGUCUCUUGAAAUGAUUAACUCUUUGGAUUUGGGCUUGUAGAGGUGAUAUCCUUUUGUUUCGUGACUGUAUCCAAUGAAUAUGCAUUUUUCUCCUUUCUCAUCGAGCUUUUCCCGAUUCUCUUUCGGGAUAUAGGCAUAAGGUACGCACCUGAACUCUUUGAGGUGCUCUACUCUUGGCUUUCUCUUGUCCCGAGCUUCAUAUGGUGUUAAAUCCUUAACUGCUUUUGUGGGAGAUCUGUUGAGGAUAUGUACUGCCGUGUGGACAGCUUCGGCCCAGUAUCUUUUGGGUAGAUUUUUACCCUGCAUCAUGCUACAGGCCAUCUCCCCUAUAGUGCGAUUUUUCCUUUCUGCGACACCAUUUUAUUGAGGUGUGCGUCUUGCUUUUCAUUGUCUCCUUCUUGAAUAAUCCUCCUGAUCCAGAAAAGGAUAGUGCCGCUGUACAACAAUUCUUUUCCAACAUGGAAGCAGCUUUUAGAUCCCACCCUCUUUGGAGUGGUUGUUCUGAAGAAGAGCUCGAAAAUGCUGGUGAGGGACUAGAGAAGUACGUCAUGACAAAGCUAUUUUCUCGUGCUUUUGCUGCAUUUCCUGAUGAUGUAAAGAUUGAUGAGCAGCUUUCUGAAAAGAUUGCUUUAGUUCAACAAUUCAUUAGGCCAGAAAAUUUGGAUAUCAAGCCAACCUUUCAAAAUGAGUCAUCAUGGCUGCUGGCGCAAAAAGAGCUGCAAAAGAUUAAUAUGACCAAGGCACCUAGGGAAAAGCUCGCAUGCAUUCUUAACUGUUGCAAGGUGAUUACUAAUUUGCUACAUAAUGCGGCUGUCACUGCAAAUGAGAAUCCCCCAGGAGCAGACGAAUUCCUUCCAGUGCUUAUUUAUGUCACUAUAAAGGCAAACCCUCCUCAGCUUCAUUUGAAUUUGCAAUAUAUUCAGCGGUACAGACGUCAGUCUAGAUUGGUUUCAGAAGCAGCCUACUACUUCACUAACAUUCUCUCUGCUGUAUCCUUCAUCUCAAACAUUGAUGCACAAGCUCUUUCAAUGGAUGGAAUUGAAUUCGAAAGGAAUAUGGAUUUGGCUCGAGCACAUCUAUCUGGUCUGGAUACUGAUUUUCAACCAAUUGCAAGUGCUGACAAUACUUCUAACUCCAAACCCCUGGGAAAUCAACAAAGUCUGCCUUUGAACGAAAAUGACUCCACAAGACAACAACAAAUGUCCUUAGAGUCUUCUGCAGCAAAAUCUGGAAGCCAGGAGGAUCCUUCAAUUAAGGAUCAGCCAUCAAUGACAAAAAAUAUGUCCCUAUCCGAUUUAGAGGAGAAAGGUGCAACAAAGAUUUUGAAAGAGGACCUAGUUGACAAUGUUUUCCAGAAGUUUCCAUAUGUAUUUGCUAGUGUUGGAGAUCUAACAUUGCGUGAUGUUGAAGACUUACUGAAGAACUACAAACAGCUUGUAUUCAAGUAUGUUUGCCUUGCCAAAGGAUUGGGAGUUACACCAUCACCUUCAACCUUUUCUAUUGAUAAUGUGGAAGGAUCUGAACUAAAUAAAGAUGUAGAAACUGAUGAACAAACACAUGAUGUAGCUAAUGAAUCUCUAGAUGCGUAUACCGUAACAUCUGAAUCUAAUCCAGAACAAGAGAACAAUGUUAAUUUGGCAGGUGAAGUCUUGGCUUCACCUAAGGAAGGCUCGGAAGACAGCACUGAAGCAGUGACAGCACCAACCAAAGAACCACUUGAAGACGUACAGUGAUGGUUCUUUGUAGUACUUCUAAAUUGAUGGACAGGUACACAUUUUAGGUUAUAUCAUCUGUUGUUUUGCCAUUUUAUCGGAAAAUUUUGCUGGUUAAGCUUGUGCAGUUACCUAAGCCUUGGACACUGAGAUAAGUUCCAAGGACUAUUUUAGUCAUUACAUCAGGGGAGAAUUGAACAUGACAUCUCUCAGUCAGAUAUCCAGAAAUUACCCUUUUAAGAUUCAUCUUUGAUCUUCGAUACUGUAUUAUGGUAAUGUAUAUCCUGGUACAGUUGACGACGUUCACAAGUUUGUAUUCUGUUGCUGAAUAGAAAAAUGUUAGUAUAUAGCAUUAUUAUUAUUAUUAUUA